AGGAAAAGUAGCUGCGAAGCGUCUUCUGGGAUUUACAAGGAUAUUUCAUUCCAACCCAACGCGCAUUUCAAAGACCAUCAUGGCAGAUGAGGGUAAAUGUAACAAACUGCUGCAACCAAGGGUCUCUGACCUCAGGAAGAACAAAAAGAGAAAUAACGCUUCUCCCACCGAUUCAAAACUAAAAGAGAAUCCUGGGAGUUUAUCUCCAAUAUCCCAGCUGCCUCCUCAAGAUCCAGGUCAAACUCAGCUUUCCAAGUUCAGGGCUACGGGUACGAAACCCAAGGAUAAUUUCUCUCGGGGUGCCGGGAAGGCAAAAGAACGACAAAAGGAUACAAGGAGCCACCUGCCAGCCUCUCAUACAAUCAGCAACAACAAAGUUCCUGCACACCUAAUGAAGGCUGCCGUCCAGGCCCUGGACAGCCUGAGGUGGGAAGGAGCGCUGCCGGACCCGGAGGAGGAAGAGAAAAGACUAGAGCGCUACAGAGCCAAGAGGCGACAGCGGUACAUCACACACAGAGAGGCUCUGCUGAAAGAAGCCCAGUAUGCCAUGAGAAAAACAGAAAUGAAGACCAAAUGAACCAAAUGAACACCAUCAGGAUCCACAGGCAGCUCACAAAUUAACUCUGACUUACUUACAAGCUGUAUGUUCAGUUCUGCUUUUUUGCCAUGCAAUAAAAAUAAUAACAGCAACU